AUGGAUGACGCCCCGCUGCCGGCGCCCCCGGUCCCCGCCCCGGCCCCGGCCCCGGCCCCAGCACCGCCCGCUGCCGCCCCCCGCGUCCCGUUUCACUGCAGCGAGUGCGGCAAGAGCUUCCGCUACCGCUCGGACCUGCGGCGCCACUUCGCCCGGCACACUGCGCUCAAACCCCACGCGUGUCCGCGCUGCGGCAAGGGCUUCAAGCACAGCUUCAACCUGGCCAACCACCUGCGCUCGCACACCGGCGAGCGGCCCUACCGCUGCUCCGCCUGCCCCAAGGGGUUCCGCGACUCCACCGGCCUGCUGCACCACCAGGUCGUCCACACUGGUGAGAAGCCCUACUGCUGCCUGGUCUGCGAGCUCCGCUUCUCCUCACGCUCCAGCCUGGGCCGCCACCUCAAGCGCCAGCACCGUGGGGUGCUCCCGUCCCCGCUGCAGCCCGGCCCAGGGCUGCCGGCCCUGAGCGCACCCUGCUCGGUCUGCUGCAACGUGGGGCCCUGCUCGGUGUGCGGGGGCUCGGGGGCCGGCGGCGGAGAGGGCCCAGAGGGGGCAGGCGGGGGCCCAGGCAGCUGGGGGCUGGCGGAGGCGGCAGCCGCAGCGGCAGCCUCACUGCCCCCGUUCGCGUGCGGCGCCUGUGCCAGGCGCUUCGACCACGGCCGCGAGCUGGCGGCCCAUUGGGCCGCGCACACCGACGUGAAGCCUUUCAAGUGCCCGCGCUGCGAGCGCGACUUCAACGCCCCUGCGCUGCUGGAGCGGCACAAGCUGACACACGACCUGCAGGGGCCCGGCGCGCCCCCCGCGCAGGCGGCCGCGGCGGCCCCCGAGGGGGAACCGGCGUCCGGGGAGCCCGCGUCCGGCUCGGGCCGCGGCAAGAAGAUCUUCGGCUGCUCCGAGUGCGAGAAGCUGUUCCGCUCACCGCGCGACCUGGAGCGGCACGUGCUGGUGCACACGGGCGAGAAGCCGUUCCCGUGCCUCGAGUGCGGCAAGUUCUUCCGCCACGAGUGCUACCUCAAGCGCCACCGGCUGCUGCACGGCAGCGAGCGGCCCUUCCCCUGCCACAUCUGCGGCAAGGGCUUCAUCACGCUCAGCAACCUCUCUCGGCACCUGAAGCUGCACCGGGGCAUGGACUGACGGCGCCGGCCGCGCCUCCACCCAGACAGCCCUCCCCCGGGGCUGGACGCACGGCCCGCGCCGGGGGACCUCCCGAAUCCAGACUCGGGCCCCGAGGUGAGGGGACCCUGGCUGGAGAGAUGGGGCCACCAAACACCCACACAGGCCCCUGAGCUGGGGGACAGCGAAUAAACAGAGACAUUCCUCAGCUCGGGGUCCCAGAUCUACGGAGAGACUCCUGACCUUGAGGAUCCGGGAAUACCUGCUGUGCACCCCCAAAUCAACAGGCCCCUAAUCUCUGGGGACCUAGGAACGAGAAAUGGGUCUCCACAAGUGCUUCUCAUCUUGAGGGCCCUAAUAAUUAUAGAUGGGCACCCCUCCCGCAAGGGAGGACUGCCCUUCUCCCUGAGAGCCAUCAUUCCCAACGACCUUGAUCUGGAGAAUGUGGGGGACCAGGUCCCCGAGUUUCCCUGGAUCCCUUCCAAAUGCUACCCACCAGAGUCACUGGUGCCCCCCAAAAAUGCAUAUAGCCGGAAUCUGCCUCUCCCCGCCCCCAGUUCAUUCCCUAUGCGGAAAGAGGACCAGGGUAGAUGCCCCCUGCCCUCAACCCUCCUCUCCAAUUAGGUCUCCCUCCCCACUGCGGAAUGGAUCAACCCUAGUGAUCUUCCCCACCUUCAAACACUAGAAUAGGCUGGUUCUAAAUCCCCCCGCCCGGUAGGAUGGAUUGAUCCAGAUACACACACCCCUGUCCACUGGAAUAGGCUGGGCCAGGUUACGGCCUGUACCCCAUUCUCCUUAGAGUGAGUAGGGCAGACACUCCUCCCCUUCCUCUAGAGUGUGGACCAGUCCACGUCCUUCCCCAUCCUGUGAACUCAUCUGAGUGGGAGGUCGUGGACACUGGGGUUUCUCGCCCGCUCUGCUGUAGCCCCUGUUGGUCUUUCUCUCCAUCUCUGUCGGUUUGUCUGUCUCUGUGUUCCUCAAAACCCCAAAUGGAAGGGGGUUUUGGCUAAAGGGUUCCCCCCGUGAGCCUCAACCUCACCCCUCGUCCCACUCCUCAAUGUCUCCAGGACUCCAAUAAACGUCAUCCUGUCA